CUUGCCAAACUUGCCAAGGAACACAAUCUCUUCAACCGAGCAGCGACGAAAUUUAGAAGAAGAAAUAAAGACAAAUAGCAAUGAAGUUUCUAGUGGUUGUCGUCUUAGCUCUGGCGCUUUCCCAAGCAAACGGUAUUGUUUUUGGAGGCAACGGAGAUUAUCCGGACCCUGCGAAGAGUUUGGACUCUGCAAAGAGUUUGGAAUCAAUACCUGCCUCGAAACAGAACGAUGUCCCAGAAAUCGCCAAAGAAAAGCUGAGCGAUGAAGCUUCAAAGGACGAUAAAGAGACUGCCCCAGACACUGCAUUAGUUCAAAAUGAUUCUCAUGAGGACGAACUGAAACACCUUCAGGCUGGAAAUUGUCAUUGGGGUGUGGGCGUCUGGUUCAAACCUGGACAAAAGGUCAGAUGCAGCUGUAUGAAAUGCUCAUGCGCUGAAAAAUCAAAAUGGAAUUGUGCCUACGAGUUUGCAUAUUGUCCAUACUUUUAUUGUGGUAAUUUUUUCGUAUUUUUUCUUUGCACAGAUUGUGGUAAUGUGGUGUACAAUCCUCGCACUCAGAUCUGUUGUUGCGGUAAAGUUUAUAGAAAGAUCGCCCGAUUUUCUUGUUGCGGUUACUUCUACUACAACACCUCUGUUGCCAAGUGCUGUAACUACUUCACCGUUAAACCAAAGAAAGCCAAUUGUCCUAGGGACAAAAUUUAG